UGAUGUCAUAGCCCUGUAUCCACCCAUGGUGCACUAUGAUCCGGAAAUCUAUGAGGAUCCCUAUGAGUAUAAGUUUGACCGCUUUCUGGAUGAAAGAGGUCAGGAGAAAAAUGCUUUUUAUCGUAAUGGUCGGAGGCUGCGUUACUUUUACAUGCCCUUUGGGUCAGGGGUCACAAAAUGCCCUGGACGAUUUUUUGCUGUGUAUGAGAUCAAGCAGUUUCUGACUCUGAUGCUGUCCUACUUUGACAUGGAAUUAUUAGACCCUGCAAUCAGAAUUCCUCCUCUAGACCAAUCUCGUGCAGGUCUGGGAAUUCUCCAACCAACCUAUGAUGUGGACUUCAGGUACAACUGA